AUGGCUCCAGUCUGCCUUCUCUUUCUCAUACUCUCAAUGAGUACAGCUUCCUUGGUAAGUUUGACUUUUAUUAUGUUUCCACUCCAGCAGACAAAGCGGCAGAGAUAAACCUUCUAAAAACGUUAUUUCAUGAAUGAGUUUAUGUCGAGGACACUUUAGUCUUAGCCCAGACUAAACCACAGAAAAUGUUGAAAUGAGGAAAAAUAUCAUUUCAAUAGUGUAUUGUGUUUGUUUGUCUUACAGGGUGCACCUUAUGUGAGCAAUAAAGACAAAGAUAAUGGUUCACCAAAUGGAAGAUUCAGAGGUGCAGACUAUGAAAGAGUCAGGGGACCUUAUGAAAACCACGAUAACGGUGAACCUUAUGAGAAAGACAAAGAAGAUUAUGACAAAGAUCAAGAUCCUCCAUAUGAGGAAGACAAAGGUGCAUUUUAUGAGAGAUUCAAGGACGCACGUUAUGAAAAAUAUGGUAGUGCAUCCAGUGAUAAAGAUAAAGGCGCACCUUAUGAGAAGGACAAAGAAGAAGAUUAUGACAGAGACAAAAAAGCAGCAUAUAUGAAAGAUAAAGGUGCGCUUUAUGAGAAAAAGGCCCUGUAUGAAAAAACAAAAGGAGAAUUCUGGGAAAAAUCCAAAAGUUCAACUGAUGACAAAGAUGAAGAAUCAGCUUUUGACAAAAGUGAGUUUGAAGCACUUUUUAUAAAAAAGGGAGAAACUGAUGAAAAGGAUAAAGAGGCGUUUUAUGAGAAAAUCAAAAAAGAAACAGGCAAGGGGGAUCUCAGUGGAAAGGACAAAGUUGUUAUAGAUAUUAAAGACAAAGUUGUCCCGGAUAAGAAAGACAAAGUUGUCCCAGAUGAGAAAGACAAAGGUGUACCUCAUGAGAAAGACAAGGGGGAUCCCAGUGGAAAGGACAAAGUUGUUAUAGAUAUUAAAGACAAAAUUUUCCCAGAUGAAAAAGACAAAGGUACAGCCAUUGAAAAAGGCAAGGAAAAUCCAGAUGAGAAAGACAAAGGUCUACCUCAUGAGAAAGACAAGGGGGAUCCAAAUGAAAAGGACAAAGUUAUUAAGGAUUUGAAAGACAAAGUUGUCCCAGAUAAGAAAGACAAAGUUGUACCUAAAGACAAAGUUAUUAAGGAUAUGAAAGACAAAAUUGUCCCAGAUGAGAAAGACAAAGUAGUACCUGAUAAAAAAGACAAAGUUGUACCUAAAGACAAAGUUAUUAAGGACAUGAAAGACAAAAUUAUCCCAGAUGAGAAAGACAAAAUUUUUCCAGAUGAGAAAGACAAAGUUGUACCUAAAGACAAAGUGAUUAAGGAUAUGAAAGAAAAAAUUGUCCCAGAUGAGAAAGACAAAGUUGUCCCUGAUGAGAAAGACAAAAUUGUCCCAGAUGAGAAAGACAAAGUUUUCCCAGAUGAGAAAGACAAAGUUGUCCCAGAUGAGAAAGACAAAAUUUUCCCAGAUGAGAAAGACAAAAUUUUCCCAGAUGAGAAAGACAAAGUUGUCCCUGAUGAGAAAGACAAAGUUGUACCUAAAGACAAAGUUAUUAAGGAUAUGAAAGACAAAAUUGUCCCAGAUGAGAAAGACAAAGUAGUACCUGAUGAAAAAGACAAAGUUGUACCUAAAGACAAAGUUAUUAAGGACAUGAAAGACAAAAUUAUCCCAGAUGAGAAAGACAAAAUUUUUCCAGAUGAGAAAGACAAAGUUGUACCUAAAGACAAAGUGAUUAAGGAUAUGAAAGAAAAAAUUGAUCCAGAUGAGAAAGACAAAGUUGUCCCUGAUGAGAAAGACAAAAUUGUCCCAGAUGAGAAAGACAAAGUUUUCCCAGAUGAGAAAGACAAAGUUGUCCCAGAUGAGAAAGACAAAAUUUUCCCAGAUGAGAAAGACAAAAUUUUCCCAGAUGAGAAAGACAAAGUUGUCCCAGAUGAGAAAGACAAAAUUGUCCCAGAUGAGAAAGACAAAGUUGUCCCAGAUGAGAAAGACAAAAUUGUCCCAGAUGAGAAAGACCAAAUUGUCCCAGAUGAGAAAGACAAAAUUUUUCCAGAUGAGAAAGACAAAGUUGUCCCAGAUGAGAAAGACAAAAUUUUUCCAGAUGAGAAAGACAAAGUUGUCCCAGAUGAGAAAGACAAAAUUGUCCCAGAUGAGAAAGACAAAAUUUUCCCAGAUGAGAAAGACAAAGUUGUACCUGAUGAGAAAGACAAAGUUGUCCCAGAUGAGAAAGACAAAAUUGUCCCAGAUGAGAAAGACAAAAUUGUACCUGAUAAGAAAGGCAAAGUUGUACCUAAAGACAAAGUUAUUAAGGAUAUGAAAGACAAAAUUUUCCCAGAUGAGAAAGACAAAAUUUUUCCAGAUGAGAAAGACAAAGUUGUCCCAGAUGAGAAAGACAAAGUUUUUCCAGAUGAGAAAGACAAAAUUUUUCCAGAUGAGAAAGACAAAAUUGUCCCAGAUGAGAAAGACAAAGUUUUUCCAGAUGAGAAAGACAAAAUUUUUCCAGAUGAGAAAGACAAAGUUAUCCCAGAUGAGAAAGACAAAAUUGUCCCAGAUGAGAAAGACAAAAUUUUUCCAGAUAAGAAGGACAAAGUUGUCCCAGAUGAGAAAGACAAAAUUGUCCCAGAUGAGAAAGACAAAAUUUUCCCAGAUGAGAAAGACAAAGUUGUACCUGAUGAGAAAGACAAAGUUGUCCCAGAUGAGAAAGACAAAAUUGUCCCAGAUGAGAAAGACAAAGUUGUACCUAAAGACAAAGGCAAGGGGGAUCCCAGUGAAAAGGACAAGGUUAUAAAGGAUAUGAAAGACAACAUUUUUCCAGAUGAGAAAGACAAAAUUGUCCCAGAUGAGAAAGACAAAGUUGUCCCAGAUGAGAAAGACAAAAUUGUCCCAGAUGAGAAAGACAAAGUUGUCCCAGAUGAGAAAGACAAAAUUUUUCCAGAUGAGAAAGACAAAAUUUUUCCAGAUGAGAAAGACAAAGUUGUCCCAGAUGAGAAAGACAAAAUUGUCCCAGAUGAGAAAGACAAAGUUGUCCCAGAUGAGAAAGACAAAAUUUUUCCAGAUGAGAAAGACAAAAUUUUUCCAGAUGAGAAAGACAAAGUUGUCCCAGAUAAGAAAGACAAAGUUCUACCUAAAGACAAAGUUAUUAAGGAUAUGAAAGACAAAGUUGUCCCUGAUGAAAAAGACAAAGUUGUACCUAAAGACAAAGUUAUUAAGGAUAUGAAAGACAAAGUUGUCCCAGAUGAGAAAGACAAAGUUGUCCCAGAUGAGAAAGACAAAGUUGUCCCCGAUGAGAAAGACAAAGGUGUAUCUGAUGAGAAAGACAAGGAAGAUUCCAUUGAGAAGGACAACGGUACAAAUGAUGAGAAAGAUGAAACUGGAGCAGGUGGAAAAAAAGAUAAAAUUCCACCCUCUAAGAAAAAGGGCAAAAUUUGGAAGGGUAAACGUCGUCCUUAUUGGAAAUCUAAAGUUAAACCUUAUUGGAAAUCCAAAGUUAAACCUUAUUGGAAAUCCAAAGUUAAACCUUAUUGGAAAUCCAAAGUUAAACCUUAUUGGAAAUCUAAAGUUAAACCUUAUUGGAAAUCCAAAGUUGCAUCUUACUGGAAAACCAAAGGAGUCCUCUCUGACAAAGCAAAAGGUUCAACCAAAGAGAGAGGCAAACGUGGAAUCAAUGAGAAAGCAGGUGAGUAAAAUCAUGAAACAUUUCCUAAAUACAGGGAUGGACAUAUCACUUUUUGUUGUUGUCCUUCCAUCAUUUACAUCUUUUUAAUUGUUAGUAAUUUUGAAGUGGCAUUGCUGGUUCAUGUUUUGAAUUGUCGACAUUCUUGGUUUCUUUGCAGGCUUCGUCCGCGAUGUCUCUGAAAUUAUUGCAAAAGCUAAUAACCGCAUACGUAAGUCACAAAUUUAGGAAUCUUUUAAAGAGUGUUUUUUACUGUUUUCUCAGAUCUUAGAGGUUAAAAAACAUAAAACAACUUAAAAAUAAGAAUCGUAUUUGUAAUGCUCUGAACAUAAUGGUACAUGUCCACCUAAUAUGACCAUCUCAAGUUUUCUGGUUUAAAGAUCCACAUUUCUGUGUAUUUUUUUAAGGGAGAAGACUGAAGCAUGGGGACAUUAGGCCAAACUACCUCAGAAACGCAGACCCCUGCACAGCUAAAGGAUGCAUGUGGCCUAAAAGUGGAAACUACGUGAUAGUUCCUGUCAUCAUCUCCCCCGACUACAGUAAGAUUCAGAGACCGCUGACCUUUCCAAAGUGAUCUGCCAACUGUGUUUGGUCUCAGUUUGAAGAUGUGUGUCAUGUCCACCGUCGGUGCAAAAAGAGAUGGAAAAUUCUUAUAUAACCUCCUCAGCUGCCUGUCUCUGAUGUUGCAGCGUAUGAAGAGGCCCUCACCAUCAUCAGAAGCCUCGUGACCUUCCAUGAAACCACCUGCAUCCGCUUUGUGUGGAGGAACCGGAGGCAUAGAAGUUUCCUCUACUUCUACCCUGGAACAGGGUAGGCAAACACACACACACACACACACACACACACACACACACGUGAAAAAACAUGUUGCGGUCAAUAAGUGACCUUUUUGGGCUCCUUCUAAAAUGUAGUGAAAUAUUAUAAAAUCGACUCCAUAUGACGUUUUGUCCAAAAGCUCGAUGUUAGGAGAUGAUGAAGUUCUGAGACCUUCUUUAGAUGUACUGACAUGACCCCCUUUUUAGGCUCCAUCCUGCUAGUUUUCUAUCAAAGGGUUCAGCCUCUACAGAGAGCUGGAGGAAGCAGGAAGAGUAAAAGAAAGAAGAGUUGGAGACAGCAGGGCACGCCUUCAACGCACUGGAGUUAUUUAGAGACACCGUCACAGUCCCUCUCUCUCUCUGUCUCAGGUGUUGGUCGAGCCUGGGCCGUCAGCCGUAUGGACAGGCCGUCUCCUUGAGCACAAGAGGGUGUUUGUAUUUACCCAUAGUGCAGCACGAGGUCCUCCACGCUCUGGGCUUUCACCACGAACACGUCCGGUCCGACAGGGACAAAUACGUCUCCAUUCUCACUGAAAAUAUCAUUCCAGGUCAGUUCUCAUGAAAAGUCUUCUCACAGCUCUGGUUCCAUAAGUUAUAGACUGAUGAGUUUAUAAUAUCUGACUGCAGAAAAGGAUCGUUAGACAAACACAGACGAUCAAGAUCUGCAAGGAUGGACCUAUCACAACGAUUACGAGUUCAUACUUAGCUUUCCCAGAGCUCACUAUGACCGAGUUAUGUCCAUCAGCCCUCCACCCCAAACGACACAGAAUACUGAAGGAAUCCAAUUUUUGGACAGACUGAGAUUUUGAACUACUGAUGACACUGAAGUCCACCUGAAUAUUUGUGCUCAUGCUUUGCUAGAGAAGAGGUCAUUUUGACCAGGAGGUGGCGCUAAAUGAAAAGUCAGGGAUAACAAGAUGUUUGAAGAAAAGUCAAGAAAAGUCUUCACUAAAGUCCUUGACUGUCAGAAGCAUUAAACACGAGUACAUAUGGUUAAAAUUUAGAGUGUUGAGUCUUUGGGAAGUAUCUUGUUUAUAGGAACUUUUUGGCUUCGUAGGGCUUAACCUUAAAUAUCGAACUGUGUUCUUCUGGGUUUAUUUAAGGACUAAGAGUCUUAUAAAGGCUUCUUGGUUCAAGACACUGUAAAACCUUCAUUUACAUCUUUUGCAGGAAAAUUAUCUGUUGAAAUAACUUCAGAAAUAAGGAGGUAAAUAUUUCAGCCGUAUUUUCUGUUCUGUGCAGGAUAUGAAAUUAACUUUGACAAAGUGCCGACUAACAACUUGGGAACUCCGUACGACUACCGAUCAGUCAUGCACUACAACAAGUAAGUGUUCAUGUUCGCGUCAAACUUUUCCUUUUUUCUGUUUCUGUUUCUUCAUGGUGGAAAAAAACACUUAAAAUCCCAGAGAGUAACUUCACUGAGGAAAUGUUCACUUUGUGUUUGCACCUUCGAUAAAUCAAAACUCCUUUGUAGAAACGAAAAUGUGCCAAAGAUUUAUAUAAAAUCCUCAACUAAUAACAUUUACCUAAUCUUCAGGGUUAAAAAAACAACAGUGACUUAAAUUCUGAGUUUCAUAACACUCAGUAACUCCCUCAUUUAUCCAGAAAUGAAGAUUUAUAGAGAACUUAUUCUCAUUAGGUAUCAUUUCUAUGACUUUCAGAGGGACCUCUAUUUACAUUUCAGCCCAUUUUAAGAAACCUGUCUAACAAUUCAACAUGUGGUUGAAUAAGAAAUAUGUAAAUUAUUUAUUAUUUCAUAUACCUAACACAUUUGAACACGAUUAGAAGUUUUAUUAAAGUGCUUUAGUUCUUCAUCAGGAGCUGCUGUGUUUGAGUUUGUUCUUGUCCUCUUUGAGGUACGCCUUCUCCAAAAACGGAGAGCCGACCGUGGUGGCCACAAAGAAUCCGAACACGCUGUUAGGAUGGGCCGAUCAGAUGAGCAAAUAUGACAUUGAACGCGUCAACCGGCUUUACAAAUGCUGUGAGUUAGAAUCUAAAACACCUCAAAUACCAUCAACUCACUGAGUACUGAGCGGAAGGAACAAAAGAGGUUAAAACUGUAUUUAUCAGUCAUUUUUAUUUAACUCUAAUAAUCCCUGCCUCUCUCUCUCUCUCUCUCUUUAUAGAAACAGCUGAUUGAUGAAUAUCAGAGAGAAUGACACUCUUGGUACUUUGUGAAAACCUGUUGAAGGACGCGGGGCUGCAAAGAAGAACCUGCUGUAAACACUUUCAUGGAUGUCUGUCCACCGUCUGUUUGUGUGUUUGCUGAAAACGUCCUUGACAAAUACAUGUCAUACUUUGAAAAACCUGAAUAAAGAGUCAAAGAGAACGACAGAAAAGCCGAGAAAAAGAUAAAAUAUCAUGGUCAUAUACUUUCGUAUCAUUAUAAAAAGAAAAAUUUAUUAAAAAUCUAUUUUAAAGCAUUAAAGAGGCACGACUGAAACAGCUGUAGGGGGGGUUUGAAGCUGCAGUGUCAUGUAAUGAACAGCAGGGGGCGCUGACAGGAG